AUGGGAUUCUUUUAUAAAUUGAAGCAAGAGUUCCGAUUCAGUUGUCAAGAACCACUGACAUACCCCUAUGGCUGCAUCUAUACUUCGAUAGCACAAUUUUUGCUUUUGGUUGCUUGGUCCUUAUCCUUGGUUACAAUCUACAAUUGCUAUUUUAUCAACGCUCGUCCUAUCCCAGAAGAAGAUGAACCUACCCUAAACUUUUUGGGAUAUGGCCUUAUGAACCGAGAAGGUGGUGGUGCUGACAAUAAUGUGUUCAGUAAAUGUGGUCGCUACUCGGAUUUUCAAGCCGAUCAACACAUUGAUGCUGCAUGGGGCUUUGCUACGGCCUUUAACUGGAUGGCAAUGCUCAUUGGUGGUAUGAUCGUUCUCAUCUUAAUGACAACCUGCUGCCUGACAUUUCAUAACAACUACAUCUUCAAACGACUGGCUGGUGUUGUUGCCGUAUGCUUCAUUCUACAAAUCCUUGUCUUUUGCGCCUAUGGGAAUUCGCUAUUGUGUGGAGGAGAGGAUCCAUUGGAGUAUAUCUGCGAGUGGGGAAGUGGUUCCGGGCUAAACUUGGGAGCUUGUGUCUUUUGGCUGUUGGCUGCCUUUAUGAUCUUUUUGUGGCCCGUGGAGGAUGAUCCAGAAGAACCUGCUGAUCCUGAAGUACCAGCGAAGCCAGAAAGGAAGCUCAAGUUGCCGAUGCUAACCAUGGGAGAACCCAAAGCAAAGCCAAAAGAAGAUUUGCCACAAUUGACGAAUGGUCCUUCUCCGAGGAAGAGCAAGUUGCCACAAUUGACGAAUGGUCAAUCCCCCAGGAAGAGCAAUAAUUUGCAAUUGACGAAUGGAGAAGACAAGCCAAAGCGACCGUCUACUUUGAAAAUCACCAACGGGGAACAAACCUUCAAGGUUCCCCAAGGGAACCGGAAGUCGAAUGGAAGACGUUCGAACCGGAACAUGAGCUAA